AUGGGCCACGCUCAGUCCCGCCAACAGCAAGACCAGGCCCGCCGCGAGCGCGCCCGCAUGGGUCGAGCCGCAGCAUCGGCUCGCACUUUACCUUCAUCUGACGGCCAAGAUCAUGUCCCAGAUGCAGUGGUUGCAGUUGCUGAUGAUGACGCCAGCUCUGGCCGAAAGCGACGUCGAAGCUCCACCUCACCUGCGCCUGCGACCGACCCGACUGCGGUGAGCGAGCCUCUCCGUCAACGGCGUAGGAGAUCUCCAGACGCCCCUGCUAGCUCCUCCGCCUCUUCGUCCGCCGAUGUCGCUUCUCAACCUGCUGCCUCGGCUCCUGCUGACGAGCCCAUGCAUCUCGAAUCGCAAGAGUCACGCUCUCCUCUUCCGUCCACCACGGCUCCCGAGUCAUCCGAGCCCCUGGCCGACGCCAAUGCAGCUUCCCUGACCGAUACUUCCGCUCCUGCCACACUCACCUCCGAGCCAUCCUCGACAGAAGCCGCAUCCACCUCAGACGCCGGCGCCGAACCUAGCAACGCCACGCCUCCUCCGCAUCUCGAUGCUUUGCGCCAGGAGAGGGAGCGUGCCCGACAACGCAUCCUCGAAGCUCUCGGCUCUCGUGCCCCCAUUUCAUCGCCAGUCUCGGUCUCUGCCCCAAUUCAGCCAGCGGCCACCACCUCUACCACCGCUUCGGCCACCACACCCUCGCCACGUCCACAUCCAUUGGCAUCCGCCACGCUUGCAGCGCUGCUUGGAACGAUGGCCGCCGCACAAACUGCAACCGGUGAAGCAGCGUCGCAGCCUGCCGCAGCCGCACCCAAUCUCGCAGCAGGUGCAACCCCUUCUCAGAACUCCAACGCACAGCCAAACCAAGCUCAGCAACCGUCGCGACCCCACACCAUCCGCGUGCCUCUGCAGCCAGAGAUGAUCAGUGGCACAUCCAUGGUGGUUCAAGGCGCGCUCGUCGCUCGCACCGUUGCCAGCCGUCCCGCUUCCUCCGAGGCUUCUGCGGGCGAUGAAGUCGACGCUUCGACUGCUUCGGAUGCCCCACGCGCACCCGAGUCUGCCUCCUCGUCCCGCACAGAAGCACCGCGCGACUCCAACAACCCCAUCGGUCUUCCUCCCGGCGCCCUGGAUGGAGACGGUCUCAGAGGCGCCGUGACGCUGGAAGAGCAAGCCGUGAUGCUCAGUCGAAUCCUGGGUAUCGCCGCUGCAGCCACGGCAGCAUCGCUUCUCAACGCGUCCGAGUCUCAUCAUGUGGAUCCGUCGCUACUUCAGACCAGUCUGCGCCGCCCGUUCGAACGGCUGAGCCAGGCAUCCACCGACCGCAACGAGCGCUGGCUCGCCGACUGGCAACGCUCGCGCACUGUUGACCGUCCGUCGUCCUCGAGCGGCGGCGGCACAGCGUCGAAUUCCUCUUCGGCCUCGUCCAGUCUCGGAAACGGCCUUCGCGGAAGAUUAGCUGCUCUUUCGCGCCGCGUCCACAGUGCUUCCAGCACGUCGGGACUUCCGCCGACAGGUGGAAUUGAAAGCGUUGCGAGCCAACCGGCUAGCUCCUCGAACGAUCCUACAGAGGCACCCGGAGCACAAUCGUCUGGCGACCAAGUCGAUGCUGGCCAAGAUUCGAGCCAAGAUUCGAGGCAGCAAGAGAUCAUCGCGCAUCUCCUGGACGCAGCCGAGCGCGAGGCAUCUUCGCAGAGGCAACGCACGGAUUCCAAUGCGUCCUCGGCUCAGGAUCGCGCUGUGCCGCCGCAAAGUCCGUCUCGAGGCAGCCUCUCUCGGCUCGUCCGAUCGACGUUGGGCACGUUCAUGCAUCCGAGCCGUCUUCUGCCCACGCUCCAGUCGCGCUCUGAAGGCUCGCAGACGAAUGACUCGAGUUCAGACCGAGAUGGUCAGUCGGCCGCAUCCUCUUCCGACGCAUCAGAGGCGCCCACGGCUGAUUUCUCGCUCGGUCCCAACGAUGUCGUGGGCACGCUGCGCCAGGUGCGAAACGGCGUACUGCCAGACGGCGUGCCAGGCAGCUUUGGCAGCUUCCUCAAUCAUCUGGUUCGCGAUCUCAUGGCUGCGGUGCAGCUCAUGCGCCCGUCGGAAGAAGCUGCGCCCGCUCAACCCGAGGCGCACACGACCAACUACUUUGAGCAUGCCACACAAGCUCAGACCACCUCGGGUGCCGAGGUGCUUGACGGCGAAACGUCGGAGCCUGCAGCGACAGAUGCCACAGCUGCGUCGAAUGAGUCGACGCAGGGCCAACAGGAUCAGCAGGCGGACGACGGUGUCGGCGCGGCCGAAACGCAGGCGCGGCGGGAUCGGGACUUCCAGAACGGCAAUCUGUCGUUCUUCCGCCUGUUCCGGUUUGAUCCCGUGGCGCCGUCGCAGCUGGUGCCGUGCAUCGUCGUGGGCGUGCGCAGUCUCAACGUGACCGAGCGCUUCGGAGAGGAGAUGAUGGGCGCGCGAGCACCUGGUCCAGGCCGAGAUGCCGGCGGCACACGCCAGCAAACCUCACGUCCGACGACGCUGGGCUCGACGCGGACGACAGAAGCCUCGCCUCGUGCGCGCGCUCAGUCCGAGGGUGCGCCUGCUACUGCCUCCGCGUGGGACGAUGCGACCGAUGCGAACGGCGAAGAGCUGCCAGCGUCGCGCUUUAUGCUGUUUGUAUCGGGUGGGCGAUAUCCUGCGAACCACCCGCUGCUUACGUCGAAUCCGGCGACAGCAGGACGCGAUCUGAUGAUCCUCAUGGAUCUGCUGAGCACGAUGCAGGCCAUGCAGAACAAGCCGAGCACCGUGACGCAGCAGGAGAUCGACGCUGCCGCCGACCUGUCCAAGAUCCGCGGCAGCGAGGUGGCGGCUCUGGUGGGUGAGGGAAAGAUCACCGAGAAUAUGGCCGAGCGCUGCCUGGUGUGUCUGGAGGACUGGAAGCAGGACGACGAGUGCCGUGUGCUGGCGUGUCGACAUGCCUUCCAUACAACGUGUGUGGAUCGAUGGAUGACCACCUCGUCCAAUACCUGUCCGAUGUGUCGUCGACAGGGCGUCACAAAGGACGGCCGACGCGCGGGCGACGAGACUGCCGACUCGCAGCGUGCCGCCCAGGCUUGA